AUGUGUCCUCUUGCUUUGGAUCCUUUCUCUCGGCCGCUCAUUCAGAUUAAGACGGUAUUUGUUUACACAAAGCUGUCGCGGGGCGUUCUUCCACUCCCGCGCACCACCAGCUACGUGUCAGGCAGACUCACGGAGACUGGUCCGAGGGACAAAUUGUAUGGAUCGACGGAGGAAUACUCCCAAGUCAAAGCGGAAAUCGAUCCCGCUUUGGAGGCUUCUAUUCUUGACGGCCUCUUCAACGACAACACUAGGUUAGGAGGCAGACGUCUCUACAUGCCAUGCCAAGGUGGCCAAUGUCGGUGGCCCAAUUUCACCACCGCCGGGGUCUGCAACAAGUGCAACGACAUUACGUCAAAGCUCACUCGCUAUGAUAAUUGGGCUCUCUCAGCCCCUAUCGGAUCUCCUACGGGAACCUUCAUGUCGGCGUAUUUUCUGCCCAACGGUGCGUUUCUUGUUAAUCUGGAUGGUGAUUUCAAAGUCACAAACCCUAUCAAUAUCAUGAAUGACUACUUCGAGGUCAUUGGGAGUGGAUUGUCGUUCCAGAUGAUGGGCUUUGCUACAGGUGACCCGGCCAAGACCGCAUCCAUGAGAGAGCUCAAGACAUUGAUCUGGUCGCUGAGUGCGGUGCGGUUGAAUUGGCUUGCUCUUGCAGAAAAAGAGAGAAUCCAAUUACACUCUCUCUUGGCCAAACAUUCCGGUCAUUGCCACUGA